GUUCACAUCUGUUUUUAUUUUAAACAUUUUUGAGGUUAUUCUUCUGUUAUCGGCAAUCGGGAAUAUUUUUAAUUUUAAGAAUACAUGAAUUACAAUAUUACUCAAAGAUUAAUUAAAUGUUUAGUACUACCAACUGUAAAACGUUUCAAAAGCUCAUCGAAAGUCACCGAAGUUAAGAUGUCUCAGGUGUUUAAACAAGUGCGGAACCCUUUAACGGGGUCCAUGGAUUGGGAUGUUCAGCAUGAGGAGUACGAUACGUUCCAGGACAUAGCUCGAGCCGCCUUCGCCGAUAUGCUCCAUGAUACGGAGAGAAACAAGAAGUACCAGAGAGCCCUGGAGCUGGCCAUACAGAAGAUGCAUGAGCAGGGGAAGCCGGCUAAUGUUUUGGAUAUAGGCACAGGGACUGGUCUCCUGUCAAUGAUGGCUGCGAGGGCCGGCGCUGACUCUAUUGUGGCCUGCGAGGCGUUUGAGCCCAUGGCUGAGUGCUGCCUGAAGAUCUUGGCCAAAAAUGGAUUAGCAGAUAAAAUUAAAGUGAUACCAAAGCGAUCAACAGAGCUGACAGUGGGCGAGGAGGGAGACUUGAAGCAGCGAGCCAACAUUCUGGUCACUGAGGUCUUUGACACAGAGUUAAUUGGAGAAGGAGCCCUAUCAACGUUCUCCCACGCCCACAAGCAUCUCCUAGAAGCUGACUGCAUCGUGGUUCCAGACUCCGCCGUCAUAUACGCACAGGUGGUGGAGUGCCCCACCAUGCAGAAGUGGAACAAAGUGAAUGAUCUGGUCGAUGAGGACUUGAAUGUUGUGCUGAGGACUCCGCAGAAGAUGAAAGACUGUCCUGAAACAGCUGCAGUCCACGACAUCCAGCUGUCCCAGCUGCCCCAUUCUUCCUUUAAGCUUCUCUCGGAGCCACUGCCCGUGUUCUACUACGACUGGUCCGGCAAGUCCCCUGUGGACUUCAAUAGGACUGUGAGACAGAGCUUUGUGGUGAAACAGACGGGGGCGGGCCAGAUGGUGUUCAUGUGGUGGGACUUGAAUAUGGAUACUGAAGGCAAAAUCGUCUUAAGCUGUGCACCCUGGUGGAAUCAUCCGGAUGUGAAUUUAGAAGCAGAAAGACCUCAAGACACCAUCCCGUGGCGCGACCACUGGAUGCAAGCUGUCUACUACUUCCCUAAAUCAGUCAUGUUGAACAAAGACACUGAAGCCAGCCUAGUAUCCUGCCAGGACGAAUAUUCUCUAUGGUUCUAUCUGGAAGACGAAAAAACAAAGUUCAAAGAGUACAAACGGCCAGCAUGCGAAUGCGGAUUUCAUUUGACAUUCUCAAGGACGCACAUAUCGUAUUUGAACGACGGCACCAGAAGCAAAAAGUUUCUAGCUCGAUUGAAAGAGGUUUUGAGUCCAAACUCUGUAGUUUUAGACUUGAAUGGAAGCAGCCUUAUGGGUUUGGCCGCGGCUAAAAUGGCUAAAACUGUGUACAUUCACGAGGAUAAGAAAGUGAAUUUGGGUAUUCUGAAUGAUUAUUGCCAAGCGAACGACAUUACAAACAUCACAUUUAUACCAGAAAUAACAGAUGAAAUAGCAGCACAAGCAGAUGUUAUUAUUUGCGAUCCCUGCUUCAAGACUUCCAUACAGCCGUGGCAUAGCUUAAUGCAAUACGCGCAUACUGUUCUGAAGCUAAAGCCCAAGUUGAAGGGUUCUGUAGAAAUGGUACCAGAUAGCUGUGAGCUCUGGGCCAUGCCGGUAGAUUUCUAUGAUUUGCAGAAGAUUAGGGUGCCGGUGAAAAAGUGCGAAGGGUUCGAUAUGGCUAUCUUCGAUGAAUUGGUUGAGGGUGCCCGUCAAAUCAGCGACGACGAACUAGAUGCUCAACCUCUCUGGGAGUACCCGUGCCGCGCGCGCGGGCCGCCACAACAGCUGUUGCAUGUGGACUUUACAGAUGUCAAACAGAGCUAUACUGUUGAUAACGAGUGUCCUAUCAUCAACCCGCCGUCAGACAAGCUGUCGUCAGUGAACGGCUUCGCCCUAUGGUCCGUAUACCGACUGGGCGCCGCGGCCGUGAGCGCCGGCCCGUCGCCCGCGCUCGCCGACUCGCAUCUUGUGAGCUGGGAUAUGUGCACCAGGCAGGCCGUGCACAUACUGGAAAAGACCCACGUAGUGACGAAAAAGAACAAAUGGAAGUACCACCUGACCUGCGACAUGGAAAGGGGGAAAUUCAGCGUCAAUAUGAAAAUUAUUUUAGCGCAAUAAAAUUAUAUA